CCACAUGUGGGGGGGCGUCUGAACGGAGCUGCUCCGCCAAUCCAGUCGCUAACUUCCUGAAGUGAGGAAGGUCGCGUAGAUCCAGCGGGCAGGAGCGGGUCUUCGGUCACAGGGCGAGUGCAGGCAGCCACGGAGCCUUCGAGUGCGCAGCUCAUCCACUGUAGCCACAUCGGGGACUCGUACGCGACAUGUCCACGGGGGACAGGAUGGACAGCUUGGGUGCUCUGGAGGCGUACAAAGAGAUGCUCCUGCUGUACGUGGAUGGGGCUCGACGCUUUGUGAACUCGAGGUGCAGUCGUAUGGAACCCUGGCAGAUAAUCGCCGUGACCACGCUGCUCACCCUGGCGGCCGUCUGGCUCGAAGGGUUUCUGUUCCAGCGCGAGAGUCUGAGAUCACGACUAAAGAAACAGUUCUUCAGAAUUAUAAGAAAAAUACCAUUUAUAGGUGCAUCAAUCCAGGCCCAGCUGAACAAGGCGCUGGACGACAUGUCGAUGAGCUUGUUCACGCUGAAAAACGGCAUGAGCUACGCCCAGUGCCUGCCGAGCCACGGCCUUCCUCAAGCAGAGGUCCUGGAGAAGAUCAAGGAGUAUGACUCACUUGGUGAGGUCCAGUGGGAGAAAGGCAAGGUCUCGGGAGCCGUGUACAGCGGAGAUGAGAAGCUCACCAACCUCCUGGUGAAGGUGUACGGUCACUUUGCGUGGAGCAACCCCCUGCAUCCGGACAUUUUCCCAGGAGUCCGCAAGAUGGAGGCCGAGGUGGUCAGGAUGGCCUGCACCCUUUUCCAUGGGGGGCCCAACUCCUGUGGGACGGUUACAUCAGGCGGAACUGAAAGCAUUUUAAUGGCUUGCAAGGCAUACAGAGAUAUGGCACAGGAACGUGGGAUCAAACAUCCAGAAAUUCUUGCACCACUAAGCGUCCAUGCAGCUUUUGAUAAAGCGGCGCACUAUUUCGGGAUGAAACUCGUUCACAUACCAGUUGACCCGAAAACCAUGGAAGUCAGUGUAAAGGCCAUGAGGAGGGCCAUCUCAAAGAACACGGCCAUGCUGGUCUGCUCUGCGCCACAGUUUCCGCAUGGAGUAGUGGAUCCCGUUGAAGAAGUAGCAAAGUUGGCGCUGAAGUACAGCCUUCCCUUUCACGUGGACGCGUGUCUAGGGGGAUUCCUCAUCGCGUUCAUGGACAAAGCUGGCUUCCCUCUGGCUCCCUUUGACUUCCGGGUCAAAGGGGUGACCAGCAUCUCCGCAGAUACCCACAAGUACGGCUACGCGCCAAAGGGCUCCUCCGUCAUCUUGUACAGUGAUCAGAAGUAUAGGCAUUACCAGUACUUUGUGGCCCCUGACUGGCAGGGGGGUAUCUACGCCUCGCCCUCUAUGGCGGGAUCUCGUCCUGGCGGCAUCAUCGCUGCCUGCUGGGCCACCAUGAUGCACAUGGGGGAGGACGGCUACAUCGAGGCCACCAAGAAGAUCGUCAAAACUGCCCGAUUCAUUGAGGCGGAAAUCCGCAAAGUGAACGGCUUGUUUGUCUUCGGGAAGCCCAAAGUCUCUGUCGUGGCUCUGGGCUCGGAAGUCUUCGAUAUCUUCCGGUUAUCCAACGCUCUUACGUCCAGGGGUUGGAGUCUGAACACACUACAGUUUCCUUCCAGCAUCCACAUUUGUGUGACGUUGCUGCACACGAAGCCAGGAGUUGCCGAGCAGUUUGUCAGCGAUGUUAAACAAGAGGCGGCGAUAAUAAUGAAGAACCCAAAGGAGAAAACUACCGGCAUGGGGGCGAUUUACGGCAUGGCCCAGACCAUACCUGACCGAUCCAUGGUCACAGAGGUCUCGUACGGGUUCCUCGACUGCCUUUACAGCACUGAACUCCCUUCCUCCGACCUGAAGCACAUGAAUGGCACCUCCAAGGGUCACUAAGGGCAUGAGGGUGGAGACUGAAGCCAGUCCUCAGGAUGGGGGCCCCUCCCCUAGCAUCUGAUCAUUUGUUGCCUUACCAGUUUUAAUCUCUAUAGAGUUUUUAAUUUUUGUCAAAGCACAAUUCGAUGUCCUACGUCUAGAAAAAGCUGCCUGGAAAGGUAUUGCUUUGGGAUUCUCUCAAACAGUGCAAAGCAGUAUAACUUUGGCAAAUUUUUUAUGGUUUGUUUUUUUUGUAAACGUGAUACUAACUGAAGGGUAGUGAUGGGAGUGUCGGUGUGUAACGGUAGUUUUCCUCUCUUAUGUUUAAUACUGUUCUCUGUGAUUGUGAGCAUCUUUUAUGAAGAUGGCUUACAUAUAUUCAUAUGUAAUAAAUGAUAAUAUAACAGGCAUGUACAAAACAAGGGUUACUUAUACCUUGUCCUGUUGGGCCUGUGUAUGUUUGAGUUUUAUAGCACUGUAAACAUCUUUUCACUAUAGUAUACAGAAUUAAUUCAAGUUCAUUAAAUUGAAGUAUUGAUUAAUCACGGUCUUGUUUGAUAGGAUGAGAGCCCACACGUACAGAAGCCCUUCAAGUAUGAUUCGAUCACCCUUACCACUAAUAAAGUAACUCCUUAAUGAAAAACUUCAGUUAAAAUGCUCUUUGAGCUGUUAAUGUGAGUUGUGAGUGUUGCCUGAAAAAAAAAAAAAAAAUAUUGCAUCAAUGCAGAUCAGUGCUUGAGCAGGAAAUAAAUUUUACAAAAUACUGUAGCUAGCAGCAGUGAGCUCCCCAUUUCCUGUUUUCCUAUUACAUACACAGGAAUAUUUAAAAAAAAAAAAAAGUCCUAGAAAGGGGAAAAAACAUUAUAACAAUAUGGCAUGGUUUGCUGAAAAUGAAAUUAUUUUUUUUAAUUUUGUAGUGUCCUUAACCGCUAUGCAACCAUGGCAAAAAUUUAACAUUGUGGUUGAAAGCAGGCACUGUAGCCUGAAAGUUACCACUUUGAGUCCCAAAAUGCAUCCUGCUGAUUGAGCAGAUCUUUGAGUAGCUCCAGUAAAAUAUCCAGCUGAUUAAAGCGACUUUGAAUUUAUGCAUCAGUUAAGUAGCGAUGAUACUACUACUACUAAUAAUAAUAAUAAUGAAUACCUAAAAGUAGUAACCUAUCGUGCCGGUUAGAUUCAGUGAUGGUACAGCUGCUCAAGUCUCCAGCUCACGCUCAUAUAUUGUUUUCUUAUCUGUGUAGAAUGAAUUCUGCAGAAUUUUGUACAGAAAAUCUUUCAUCAAAAUAGCAGACCAGAACUUUCACACUUCUUUGCCCCACAUACUGCAAAAUCUUCUAUGCACUUUAUAGAACAUCACAUCUUUUCCCCUCUACUGUCAGGUGAAUAAGUCAGUCCAAGGAAUUUCUUUCUAAAAACGUGUUGUCUAAACUUGCAUUAAAAGAUGGGAAUGAAAGGGAAAGGAAAGUAUUUUUGAGUGGUUGUGAAGCUUUUUGAGAUGUAAAGUUAAUGUAAUGUUUUAUCAUUCUUUUUAAUGUUUACCAGAGUAAAAUAAUGUUCUGACAUGAGGGAUUAUGAAGGUGAAAGCAAAUUGGUGGCAACACACACAUCUUCGUUUCAGGAUGGUAGAUUUGUAUUUAUGAAAUUUAAGGGUACUUUAGCGAUAGCUUUUUCUAUUAUUAUUUUGGAUGUUGCGGUUUGGUCUUGUUAAAGUGGAGGUUCUGCAGGUUUAAUGAAAGUGCCUUUAGAAAAAAUUUUCUUGUUAACCACUAUGUGCUCGAAGCAACGAUGUCUCCUUCGCAGUUAGAAAUAAGAUAGGGGUUAAUUUCGCUGAAAAAAAAAAAAAUGGCAGAAGUGAUGCCCACACUAAAAACCACUAUCAAUUAGUUGUACUACAGUACUGUGGUUUAAACUAGCGAAAUUGUAUUUUUUUUCUUCUUAUCAUUAAAUUCACUAAUCUUAUGCAGCGAGGACAUGAGUCGUGUGAGAUGCGAAGCAGGGUUUUGCAGAACAUUUCUUCUGUUUUUAAGAUACCAGAUUAAGUGGGGAAAUUAUUUUUUUUUAGGUAGUCACAGUUUUAUGACAAACCUUUAUGCAAAGAGUAUAAGUUGUAGUUGUCACUUUUUACCAAUGCGUUAAAUGUCGCAGACAGAAAGACCUAACCUUGCCCCUGUGUUCCGGCAACAGAGAAGGAGUCAUGUUUGAUACACACCUGCACAGGCUGCAGUGUGUUAUGGGAAGGCACACUGAUAUUCUGUGUGAAAUUCAUACCUGAACCUCUUACCAUGUUCUACGCGUGUUGUUUCGACAAACUAAUGUACAUCUAAGGUGCUUGUAAUCCGGUGUAGCAAAGGGGAGCAAUCUUGGUUUUUAGACCUUUCCUACAGUAACAUUUAGUUGUCCUUAAAAAUUUGAUAUACUGUAACUUCAUGAGUCUGAACAUUGUGCUCGAGUACGGUGGGAGAGGUAAUUCUAGGUGUGCAGCAGGUGUGAGUUGACGGCACUGUCCAUUUUUAUGUAGGUUGACUGCCUUGAUUUUGGUCAUUUCAGAAACGUAUUUCAAUUCAGUAUCUACCUCAGUUUUUUUUUUUUUUUUUUUAAAAAUGCAAGUGUUUGUACUCAAUUUGCAAAAGGCACAGAACCCCUUAUGAUCUCAGUUUAGAUGGGGAAAAAGACCUCUUAAAUGUUGUCUUAAUGAAGUUGGAAUGAAAGCUGUUUGCAGAUAAUACAAAAAUUAACAAUUGGUAGUCUGUAUCUUGUCAACUUUUGUUAUUGUAAAACUUGUGUUAAUUUUUUUUAUUCAUUUAAUAUAGAACCACUAAUUUGUCUGUUGUUUUUAUAUGCAUGCACUAGACUGUUUAUAGUGGUGGCCAAAUAAUUCAGAAAUGAUUACUUCUGGCUCAUUAUUCACUGGAGCUCUGGGACAAAAUGAACAAAAAAUAACACUUGACCUGAAGUGCAAAUCUGUGAUUCUAUAAACAACAGAGUUAGUACUGUUUGUAACCACAGUUAUUUUAUUACUCACCAAUACAAUGUUGGCUGUUUCAACUUUUUAACCUAAAAAUGUGAGUAUUGCAAUGUGGAUCACAGCAAAUUUUUUUUUUUUUUUGAUAUUGGCAUUACAACAAUAUUCAGACUCAUAAAUGGAUCAGUAAAUGGGUGGAUGACUUGGUGUAGAUAUUAACAAUGCAGAAUCUUUACCACUAAAACAUAACAAAGCCGAUGUGUAUUUACACAAAAAAUCUAAACAAUUUAAAAUGUAAUGAAUUGUAUUCCAGUUAGUAGUAUUGGCAAGAAUCCACAAAUUACAUUGUCAUAUAGGCCUAGUAUGGGGGGAAAAUCAGCCUAAUUCCAUUCCUUUUCAUUUGGAUAUGUUUAUUUUAUAAAAAUGCAAAAAUGUCCUCAUGAAUGAUUUCACAUUAUGCUUGUCUCAUUAAACAUCAAGUACAUUUGUAUGUAAAAAGGCUGCAAAUGCAAUAUGGUUUUUUGUUAGUUUAUAGCAAAGGUGGUUUGCAUUCACCUGUAUGCCUUCAAAGCUCAAACAUUUUUGGCCUAGACCAGUGACGGAGCCCUGGUGAUGUCCUGUGUGUUAGCUGGCCACAGUUCUUUGCUGACCAUGAUGUAACAAUCUGUCUAAUGAAUUGGUGGAACUGGAAGACCAUUUUAUAAAAAAUAGCUGUACUUCCAGUUCAUUUUCAAACUUACUAAAAUGAAAGCAAAUACUAAUAUUUAAUGUAAUUAAUACUGAUAAUAGAUGUGGAAUACAGGAACGAAUUUGUGUUGCUUAACCCGUCUUUGCACCGUUAUAGUUGUUCUCUCAGAAAAAUGUGGAAAAACGAGAUUUCUAAAGUAAGGUGGCUGGUGUAAUGUGAUUUGAAUAGUGUGAAUUUGAAUUGGAUAAAAAGAGAAGGAUAAUGAAGGUUGUUGGAUCGAAAACCCAGAGCACCCCAGGAGUUCACCAGGGCCACAGGGAGGACCACUGUUCUAGAUGCCUGAGCGAAUGAGCAAGGUAGCAUCACCUCAGGGACAUCAAUUUUACUGUUAAUCUGAAAUAAGUCCUAUAAGUAGGUGAAAGAAACUACCAUGUUUUGUAUGAGUUUUUGUCCUUGGGAAAAGAAUAAAACAAUUCCUCACUA